AGAUAUUCUAAUAACGUUAAAUUAACAGACAAAAAAUAUUUACGUUUUAGAAUUAAGAGUCAUUUUUAUGAUAAUUUAGAACUUGAUAAUCCAAAAGAUAUAAAAUUUCAACUUGAGAAAGGUCAACAAUUUUUAAAAAAUCAAAGAGUAAUUUAGGUUAGAAAAACAAACGAAAAAAAAAAAAUGUUUAGUCGUUGUCAAUGUUACAUGCAAAUACGUUACAAGUCAAUAAAAAAAUUAAUUGAUUAUUCAAAAGUACCAAAGUUAAAUGAAGCUGAUUUAGAAGAACAAUUUGUUCGUGGUAGUGGUCCAGGUGGACAAGCAACAAAUAGAACAUACAAUGCUGUUGUAUUAAAACACAAACCAACUGGUAUUGUUGUUAAAUGUCAUCAACAAAGAAGUGUUACACAAAAUCAAAAAAUAGCACGUGAAAUACUCAUAACAAAAUUAGACAAUGAAUUAAACAAAGAACACUCAAUUGAACAACAAGAAAAAUUAUUAAAAUCGAAACAAUCAAAUGAACAAACGAAAAAACGUAACAAAAUGUUGGAACUUAAAAAAGCAUUUUUAAAAAGAGAAAAUUUGGAAUAA